AUGGAGCCUCUCGGGGGGAACCAAAAGUCUGCUCAAGUACCGGAUUUGGAACUGGAACUUCCCAGGAUCCCGGAGAAAGCCUACAUUCCUGGCUACUUGUCACGAGAUCUAGACUUGCCAGCAGUGCUAGCUCCGCCUGAUCCGCCUUCGUCCCAGUUGGCACUUGCGUUCGGGUCAGCAUCGUCUCAAACUUCUAGUCAGGACGAAGACUCCGUUGUGGGCACAAAAGUCGCAAUCUGCUUCUCUAUGGAAGACGAGGGAACUGAAUACUCGGAAUAUCCUAGAAAUGACGAGAUGAAUCUAAAGCAUCUCAAAGGCAAGAUCAACAAACUCCAGCAGAUCCGCAAAAACUCUGCUGGAAAGAUAAGAUUUCUGCAGAAAAGUUGUGAAGACGCUAUGGAGAUAGCUAUGAACGCAGAAGCGGACCUUGAGCACGUAAUGAAAUUAUACGUCUCCAAGGGCUAGUGGGCAAAGGUUUCUUAGAAAAGAUUGCAGAAGGUUGGUGUUACACAUUUGGGCGAUUUCUCUUCUUCCAGAUAUUAAUUUUGUUAUCAUUCGAUUGGGCCGAGGCCACCGCUACAGCAGAAUAGGAACCAUUCCUCCUCCUCCUCCAGCCCGAACCCGUCUUCCCUGUUGUUGGUUAUCGUGUGCCGGCGGAGGCGCAGACAGGCGUAGUAUAGAUAGCACAGUUUUCAUCAGGGAUCCUCGAUUAGUUUUUGGUUUUUCUGUUAACCUCAUUACCCUCUCCUUCUUAGCCUUGGGGGUGGUUAUUCGUGUGUGAUGGACGAGCAAAAUCAGAGCCUUGUGCCCGGGGGGGGGUGGGGGGAAGGUAGUUAUCCCAUGUCGUAGAGGGUUUGUUACGAAAUAGCCCACUCUUCCGGUCAAUAUUUGGUUUCAGACUGUCACACACAAAGAUAGCCAGACCCAAUCGGUAGGUCACUAGUUGGUUCGAGAAGCAUUGGAAGGAUUAACCUGAAUACAAUUGGCCCUUGGCAUAAUGCCAUAGCUGAA